GACUUCACUGACACUUUUGAGCACUGGAGGGGAAGACUGCAGCUUCCUGGCAGACAUGAAGCCAUACUUCUGGUGUGUCUUUGUCUUCUGCUUCCUAAUCAGACUUUUAACAGGAGAAAUCAAUGGCUCGGCCAAUGACAGGAUGUUUUCAUUUUACAAUGGAGGUGUACAGAUUUCUUGUAAAUAUCCCGAGAAUGUCCAGCAGUUAAAAAUGCGGUUGUUCAAAGAGAAAGAAGUCCUCUGUGACCUCACCAAGACCAAGGGAAGCGGAAAUGUGGUGUCCAUCAAGAAUCCGAUGGUCUGUCAUUAUCAGCUGUCCAACAACAGUGUCUCUUUUUUCCUAAAUAACCCAGACAGCUCCCAGGGCAGCUAUUACUUCUGCAGCCUGUUGAUUUUUGACCCACCUCCUUUUCAGGAAAGGAACCUUAGUGGAGCAUAUUUGCAUAUUUAUGAAUCCCAGCUCUGCUGCCAGCUGAAGUUCUGGUUACCCAUAGGAUGUGCAGCUCUUGCUGUGGUACUCCUCUUUGGAUGUAUACUUAUCAUCUGGUUUGCAAAAAAGAAGUACAGAUCCAGCGUGCACGACCCUAAUAGUGAAUACAUGUUCAUGGCGGCAGUCAACACAGCCAAAAAGUCCAGAGUUGCAGGUGUGACUUCAUAAGCUGGAACACGGGAACCCAUGGAGAAACCACGCCAACUAGUUCCCCUGAAACUUGAACCGAGAAAUUCUUCUAUUUUCUGGACCACAGAGCAUUUGACUGGACUUAACUACAGAUGACAUCUGCUGGUGCUUUGUUUGUCUGGAUCAGUGACUAUCAGUCACUCAGAACUUCAGCAGACUGGUCUGGGUUUGCUGAGUCCUUUUAAGGCAAACCCCUUCGUAUAGAAGGUUCAGCUCAUACGUAUUCAACAAACAGACCUCACUGGGAAUGAAUGCCCCUCUCUCUGUGCCUGCUUCUGGCUAUGCACCAACCAGGAAAACAUACAGAUCUCUAGCAUUUUUAUAAAAACGCCAGGGGUAUGAAUCUGCAAAGCAUACAGGUCGUCAAAGGCCACCAUCUGUCCUCAUUUUUCAGAUUGCAUUCUCUUUCCAUAGAGAUCAGCAUUCCUUCUAGAAUCAGACAGUAGAGGGAGAUGUGUCACAAUGGAAACUCUUGUGUUUCUGAGCUGUUGAUGUAUAUACUUCACUGAACUCAUGCAUUAGUACCAACAUAUUCUCUUCCAACUUCUAGACUCCAGCUGACCACUGCUUCAGGGCUUAAAUGCUGGCUCUUGCUUUCAAGUUUCCCCUUAAAGAUGCUUCCGCAUAUCUGCUUGGCAACCUGCAGCCACCCUGAAUAGGAAGUUCAGCCUACAUUUUCCCCCUUUGCUGCUUGGAAAAAAAUUAGUAGAUGUGAUUUUUCCCAUAUUCUCCCUGCCAAAGUAAUAUUUUUUCAGCAAAGACAUCUAAAUUCAGUUAAUAUGGUUUACUGUGUUGGUAUUAGUGGUAGUAAACAUUUCUUAGAAUCAAAAGCAAAUUAAUUUUGCUGUGGUAUUUCUUACCAUUGUGUUUCCAUGGUAUUAUUAAUCACAAGCUUUGCUAUUUUUGUAGAUAAUAUUAACGUUGCAAGCAAGCAGAGCAACCCUCGGUUAAUGGGCAAACAUUCUCCUGGGGUAGAAUGAAUUAUCUAUUUAGCUUGAAUGCUGUGGUUUCUGGGGGUGGCUGCCAGACUACAGCCAUGCUUUGCUCUGGGUUUGACAGGUUGAAAUAGUCCUGCAUGAGCCUGGAGCAGCACUCCAGACUACUGGAGUCCCAAAGUUGGGAGGGGCCAUUGAGCCUGGGACAAGCUGCUCCUUCAGUUUCUAGGAUCUGGGAAGAAGUGCAGAAGGGCCAAGGCAGAGUUCCCUCUCCUAGAAACUGUGCAGCCUGGAAGUCAGCCCUGGCACUUCAAGAUAGCCUUCUUUAGAACAAGAGUUAGCUGGAAGGGUCUGAAGUGUAAACAGCGUAGGAUUGCUCAGAGCUGGGCCAUUUUCUCCACUUUCCUCAUCUGCAUGUCCAAGACUUCUGCAACAGGCAAUGUGUAUGCAACAUAAAACAAAACAAAACAAAACAAAACAAAAAAAACAAAAACAAAAACCCCCAACCCCCCAAACUUAAAGUAAAAUAGGACUGCUUCAAAGUUUUAAGUUAUAGUUGCUUACUUACAGUUCACUUUAGAAGUGUGUAUCAAUAUGUACUUAUUACGUUAAGCAUGUGUAAUGCUGGCUAUGUACAGUACAGUACUGAACUUGUAAUUUGAAUCAAGUAUGGUGUUCUCUCUCUUCAGAUGACUUGGGUAGCCUGGCUGGCUUUGUGAGGACAUUCCCCAAGUUGGAUGGACCUUUCUGUGUGAGGGUGAGGGUGAGGGUGCUUUAGUAUGUUCAACACUGAACACCUAACAAUGAAUUCUUGAAGAACAAAAUUUCUGUGAAAUAAAGUCUGGCUUAAAGAAGAGCCACUUGGUUAGCAAUACUACUAAGUGAAAGCUAGGCAUUCGUGUGCAGCAAUGGCUAUAACCUCGCUGUUAACCUCUGGGGGCGAAGAAGUGAUGACCACAUGCAAAUUUGUCCUUGCUCUCCCAUGACCUUGUGUGCUGCAUAACAUAGUUGCUCCCUUUGCUUCGCUGUUCUCCUUUUAAACUCUGAGAUAUCCACAAGCUAUGAAAGAGUCGGGAGCACAGGAAAAAGUGUGUUCUGCGCCUGAGUUAGUUUCUGCAUUGACCUCCUGGCCCCACAGAAUAGUGCCUAUUUCCUAUGGAAAUGAAGGCUGUACAGAAAAUUAACACUGAUAUGUUACUACCCUCUAGCCUUCGGUCUGCAUUCGAGAUCUUCCUCUCACUUCUAGGACGUAGUUUGUAGGAGCUGAAGGUUCUGCUGGGGACGUCCCUUUGUGUUCGGUUGUCCUGUCUCUGGAGUGGUCUUCAGUCUGGACAGUUCUCUUCAGUCUGCAGCCUGGGCUCUUUUGCAGAUCACAUGCCAUUAUUUCUAUAUGAAAGCCAUGUAGAAUGCUUCUUUUUGGGGGGAGGGUCACUCUGAUGUUUCUUCAUGAAUGAAAUGCGGUUAUUUGUCCUUAGCAGAGAGAACACAGAAGUGGUGUUGCUCCUCAUAUGGCAGUCGACAUUUUGUUUUGUCAAGUUACUGCCAAUAUUUGUUUUCUUCUCUUGACUAAGCUCCUGUCAAACUUCUCCAUUGUAAAGGGAUUCUGUCCCCCAACAGCCAAUAAAUGUGCUUUGUAAGAAAGUA